AUGUUUACUACUUUCUGUUUCUGCUUCCUGUCAGGAUGUGGUCCGUCAGGCUGCACUGUUGUUCCUUGUUGUGUCGAAGAAACGAGUCGAUUCUUUGAGCCAAUUUUCAUCAAUAGGAAUACUGUCUGGAGUGAAUCACUGAACAUGAACAAAACUAAUCUGAGCACAGAUCAUGAACAAAUUGAUAUAUGUCAGAAUGAAGCCACUGAAAGUCGAUCUGGUGACCAAAAAGAAGAAGAGAAGGCCAUGACUGUUGGCUUUUUCCAGCUGUUUCGCUUUGCUACAAUGUUAGAUAUUGUGAUGAUGGUAGUUGGAGGAUUGUGUGCGCUCAUCCAUGGUGCUGCCUCUCCUCUCAUGCUGCUAGUCUACAGCAUGAUGACUAACACCUUUGUAGCCUAUGAGCUAGAGAUUCAGGAACUAGCUGAUCCCAACAAAGUCUGCAUCAAUAACACUGUCACCUGGAUUAAUGGGACUGUAGUGGAGCAGGGAGAUAAUACCACUGUGCAAUGUGGUGUAGAUAUUGAGGCACAGAUGACCAUGUUUGCUUAUUAUUAUGUUGGCAUCGGAGUGGGUGUGCUAAUUCUUAGUUAUUUUCAGAUUGCUCUGUGGGUCUCUGCAGCUGCAAGGCAAACGCUGCGAAUUCGCAAAAAGUACUUCAAGAAGAUCAUGAGCAUGGAAAUUGGAUGGUUUGACUGCAAUUCUGUUGGAGAGCUGAACACAAGAAUAUCGGAUGAUAUUAACAAAGUCAACAAUGCUAUAGCAGAUCAAGUGGCUAUAUUUAUUGAGAGGAUUUCUACAUUUAUCUUUGGUUUUCUGGUGGGUUUCAUUGGGGGAUGGAAGCUGACAUUGGUGGUGAUUGCAGUAAGCCCUCUUAUUGGAUUGGCAGCAGGACUCAUGGCCAUGGCAGUUUCAAGGCUGACAGGUCGUGAGUUGCAGGCCUAUGCUAAAGCAGGUGCUAUAGCUGAUGAAGUCCUCUCUGCUAUCAGAACAGUUGCAGCAUUUGGAGGAGAGGACAAGGAGACAGAAAGAUAUGACAAGAACCUUGGGGAAGCUCAGACCUGGGGAGUGAAGAAAGGAGUGAUCAUUGGUGUAUUUCAGGGUUAUCUGUGGUGCAUCAUCUUUCUCUGUUAUGCUCUUGCCUUCUGGUAUGGAUCCAAACUUGUCAUUGAUACCAAAGAGCUUAGUCCUGGAACCCUCAUACAGGUGUUCUUUGGUGUCCUUAUGGGAGCCAUGAACCUGGGUCAAGCCUCUCCUUGUUUAGAGGCCUUUGCUUCUGGUCGUGCUGCAGCCAAGAGCAUCUUUGAAACCAUUGACAGGGCCCCAAAAAUUGAUUGUUUCUCUGAAGAAGGGCACAAGUUAGAGAGCGUGAAAGGUGACAUUGAAUUCCACAGUGUUCAAUUCAACUAUCCCUCUAGGCCUGAUGUACAGAUUUUAGAUGAUUUGAACUUACUGGUUAAAGCUGGAGAGACUACAGCAUUUGUUGGAUCUAGUGGAUCUGGAAAAAGUACAGCAGUCCAACUCAUUCAGAGAUUUUAUGACCCUCAACAAGGAAAGGUCACUCUAGAUGGUCAUGACAUUAGAAGUCUGAAUAUCCAGUGGCUUCGUUCACUCAUAGGCAUUGUAGAGCAGGAACCAGUUCUCUUUGCCUCAACUAUUGCAGAGAACAUUCGCUAUGGUCGCCCAGGGGUCAGCAUGGAGGAGAUUAUACAAGCUUCUAAAGAGGCUAAUGCUUAUAACUUUAUCAUGGAUCUACCACAGAAUUUUAAUACACUGGUUGGAGAGGGUGGAGGUCAAAUGAGUGGGGGGCAGAAGCAGAGGAUUGCAAUUGCUCGAGCAUUAAUCAGAAACCCCAAAAUCCUUCUGCUAGACAUGGCCACCUCAGCUCUGGAUAAUGAAAGUGAAGCUGUAGUGCAGGAGGCACUGGACAAGGCCCGAAUAGGCAGAACCACCAUUAGUAUUGCUCAUCGUCUAUCUACAAUCCGUAAUGCCGAUGUGAUUGUGGGUUUUGAACAUGGCCGUGCGAUGGAGCGGGGUACACACAAAGAAUUAAUGGACAGACAGGGAGUCUAUUUCACUCUUGUUACGCUCCAGGAGCAAAGAAGUGAAACAUCCAAUCCCCAAAAGGAGAAAACAUCUGAAGCCAACGAUGCCGAAGAGGAUAGUACUGAGCAGAUAACAAGUUUCAGCAGACUGAGCUAUGAGUCGAGUUUAAGGCAAUCAUUACGAAUGAGAUCACAGUCACAAAUGUCAAACCACUUCAUGGAUGCUAUAUCUGGAGAAAUAAAAUUUGAUUCAGACAACAUUGAAAUGAAGACAGCGAGAGAAGCAAAGAAAAUCGAUAAUGUGGAAGAGCUGUCUGAAUCAGCAUCUGUGGCUCGAAUUCUAAAGUAUAACCAGCCUGAAUGGCCAUACAUGUUGUUCGGGUCUUUAGGAGCAGCCUUAAAUGGUUCUGUUAACCCAUUGUAUGCCCUCUUAUUCAGCCAGAUUUUAGGGACAUUUGCUAUAAGGGACCUGGAUGAACAAAGAAAGCAAAUUAAUGGCGUUUGUGUUCUCUUUGUGUCUGUGGGAAUUAUGAGUUUCUUCUCACAGUUCCUACAAGGGUUUGCCUUUGCUAAGUCAGGUGAGCUACUAACUCGCAGGCUAAGGAAGAUUGGUUUCCAGGCUAUGCUCAGACAGGAGAUCGGAUGGUUUGAUGAUCCUAUCAACAGCCCAGGAGCUCUUACGACUAGACUGGCUACUGAUGCAUCCAUGGUGCAAGGGGCUACUGGUUCUCAGAUCGGCAUGGUUGUGAACUCUCUGACAAAUAUUGGAGCUUCAUUUAUCAUUGCAUACUACUUCAGUUGGAAGCUGAGUUUAGUGGUAACAUGCUUUCUUCCUCUAAUUGGCCUCUCCGGUGUCUUCCAAGCUAAAAUGCUGACCGGCUUUGCUAAUGAGGACAAGAAAUCAAUGGAGGUGGCAGGGCAGGUGUCUAGUGAAGCUAUGACCAACAUCAGAACCGUUGCAGGCCUAGCUAAAGAGAAACAAUUUGUGGAUCUAUAUGAAAAGCAGCUGGAGGCACCCUACAAAUCAUCCAAGAAGAAGGCUAAUGUCUAUGCCAUCUGCUUUGCCUUUUCCCAAUGUGUUAUCUUCAUGGCAUACGCAGCCUCAUUUAGAUAUGGUGGCUAUUUGGUGAAUUUUGAGGGCCUGCACUAUGUGGUUGUUUUCAGAGUAAUCUCUGCCCUUGUAAUCAGUGGCACAGCUCUCGGAAGAGCUUCAUCUUUUACUCCAGAUUAUGCCAAAGCCAAAAUUGCUGCUGCACAGUUCUUCAAAUUACUUGACAGAGUCCCUAAAAUCAACACUGGUCAGAAUGAGGGGAAAAAAUGGGGUUACAUUAAGGGUAGGAUCGAGUUCAAAAACUGCAGAUUUACCUAUCCAAGCCGGCCUAACAUCCAGGUGCUGAGGGGACUUGAAGUAGAAGUGAAUCCUGGCCAGACUCUUGCUUUUGUGGGCAGUAGUGGUUGUGGCAAGAGCACCAGCGUUCAACUUCUGGAAAGAUUUUAUGACCCUGAUCACGGCCAAGUGCUGAUAGACGGACAUCCAUCCCAUGAAAUUAAUGUACCAUUCCUGAGGUCUCAGAUUGGAAUUGUGUCUCAGGAGCCUGUGCUUUUUGACUGCACAAUAGCAGAAAAUAUUCAGUAUGGCGCUAAUUCACAGUCCAUCACCAUGGAGGAGGUUAUAGAGGCUUCCAAGAAGGCUUAUCUGCAUGAAUUCGUGAUGAAUCUACCUGAUAAAUAUGAGACUCAGGUUGGAGCACAGGGUUCUCAGCUGUCUAGAGGGCAGAAGCAGCGUAUUGCAAUUGCUCGUGCCAUUAUCAGAAACCCAAAAAUCCUGCUUUUGGAUGAGGCUACCUCUGCCCUAGACACAGAAAGUGAGAAGACAGUACAGGCAGCACUGGAUGAGGCUCGAUGUGGCCGAACUUGCAUUGUCAUUGCACACAGACUCUCCACCAUUCAAACUGCUGAUAUCAUUGCAGUGAUGUCUCAAGGCGUUGUCAUAGAAAAAGGCACACACGAAGAGCUUAUGGCUAAGAAAGGUGCCUAUUACAAGCUGGUCACUACAGGAGCACCCAUAAGUUAAAUAUUAUUAUGUAGAAUGAUAAGGUAGACCUUUACAUUAGAUUAGUAAUUACAUUAGUAAUAACAGCAUGUGUACUGAUCAACAGUUCUUUACCACAAAACACUCAGCAUUGUAUUAUAGGUAGCAUGUGGAUUAUGUGACAUCAUUGGUUGAUUUAUAUUUCUCUUGGUUACUCACUAUGGCAACUAUUUACCCUUUUGUUCCAUAUGCAGAGCAUAAACAAUAUAGCAACACUAACAAUCUACAAAAAGAAAGAGGGAUGGAGCAUUAAGAAAGUUAGUUGUAAACGGGGAAUGGAGGAAAGGAGGGAUUGAAUGUUAAGACGGAUGUAGGUACAGGAUGGGGAGACUAAACCGGCACCUGAAUUUAUAGACUUGUUCUAUUAUGGUAGAACAUAUUGUAUUACUAUACUAUUCAGCACUCAGUACAAGUAACACAUUUAUAUAAGUGGAUAUCAUUUAAAUAGUCUGCUAAUUUAUUAGGAUUCUUUAGUUCUGGGUUUUUGUUUGUUUGUUUUGUUUUUUUGCUUUCCUGGCUGACAUUAUUUAGCUUAUCCUCACUACUAACUUGAGUGUAUUCCGACGCCAUUAUUCAGUUGUUUUUUUCUCGAUUUGUGUGAGAUGUUUGUUGUGACUAAUUUAUCAAUUUUCUCGACUUUGAAAACUGUGAUUUACAUUAAAUUUACUUUAUAAAUAA